AAACGUCAUAGUAGUGACAGUUGCUCAAUGUUACUUUUCAAAUAUCACAAUUCAAGCAAAUAAUUAUUGAAAAUUACCGUGUCAUCAUGGCGAAAGUGAAACUGCGUCAGAAAACUCCUCAAAAAAAAGUGGAACUAGAGAUACGAACCGAAAGAGCCAGAAAGAACAUCUUCAAACCAAACAUCAAAUGCGCUACAGCAGUGGUCGGAGCUGUAGCCUUCCUGCAAAAGACUGGAUUGGUAGCUAAUGUGAGAAACAUAAAGAACUACAUCAAGCAAAGGUUUAAUAAAUCUCUGAAUUCUUUCAAAAUGCUACCGAACUAUUUGAAUAGAGGUGUGGAAUUGGGGCUAUUGAAAAAACAUGGCGGUGCUUACAAGAUAGAAGAACUGGUCAUCAAAAGAAAGAGAAGAAUGAGAAAACCUAAGGAAUCUCAUGAGAUCCAUACGAGUGAGAGAAGUAAGCACAACUUGAGCCAGCCAAAUAUAACGAUCUCUGAUGGCGAUCGUCAAUGGAGCGGCCGUGGGAGUACACGAGAAAGUGCGCCUACUAUGUCUGAACAGACAAACCAGUAAACGAUUGUGGAGGAGAACUAGAAAACGAAAAUCAGC